AGUGAUGAUAGUGAAUAGGAAGCUGAAAGCCCUGCCACUUCAUUGGAGCCUCAGGGGCAGACUGAUACAGGACCUGUGCCCAUGGGCAUGCUGGGGGGAAGAAACUUCAAAGGACCAUGGAAAGUAAAAGGAUGGAAGAGCCGUAUUUUACCUUUGGAAUCAUAGCAGAUAUUCAGUACGCUGAUAUGGAUAAUCGAUUUAACUACCUAAAGACCAGUAUGAGAUAUUACAGGAACAGCCUGACACAGCUUAAAGCCGCUGUUGAGGAGUGGGCUAUGGAAUCCAUAAAACCGGCAUUCAUUCUUCAACUCGGAGAUAUCAUCGAUGGAAUCAACACGAAGGAUAAGAGUUCGAAAACCGCGCUUGAGAGGGUGUUAGUGGAAAUGGACAAACUUCCCAUCCAGUUCCAUCACGUAUGGGGCAACCAUGAGUUCUACAACUUCAGCCGAGAAUAUUUAAAUGGGUCCAAACUGAACUCCCAAGCUCGAGGGGACAGAAUCGAUCGGGGAGGGGGCACCUCCGAGAAUGGAGAAUUCAAUGAUGAAUCGUUUUACGCCUAUCAUUUUAGUCCCUGCCCCAAAUUUCGCUUUCUUUUAAUCGAUGGUUACGAUCUUAGCCCCAUUGGGAGGGAGAAGACGAGCCCCAAGUAUGACAUUGCCUUAAAUCUACUCAAGGAAAAGAACCCAAAUGAGGAUCUGAACAGCCCAACAGGACUGGAGGAGGUGCAGUUCGUAUUGUUCAAUGGCGGCAUCAGCCCAUCCCAGCUGGAUUGGAUGGAAAGGGUUUUAACGUCUUCGGAUGAGAAGGAAGAAAACGUUUUUGUUGUUAGCCACCUCCCAGUGCACCCAGAUGCAGCCGACCCCAUGUGCCUGGUUUGGAAUUACCCCGAGGUCCUGUCCGUGCUGCAGUCCCAUCCCUGUGUGGUGGGAUACCUGGCUGGCCAUAACCACGAAGGCAGAUACUGCAUGGACCCUUAUGGAAUUCACCACCUCACAUUCAGCGGAGUCAUUGAGACACCCCCAGAGAGCCGGGCCUUUGGGACAAUGUAUGUGUAUGAGGAUAAAAUGGUUCUGAAAGGAAGAGGCCUUGUUGAAGACAGAACUUUAUACUACAGAGACCCCAAGAAUAAAGCAGAGAGACAUUAAAGGCUACAUUGCCCCUGUUCAUUCUAUCCAGAGCAGCCAAUCAACAGUUAGCUUUCACUGGCCUUGUGGAUUGGCUGCUUUGGGUCACUGAUCUAGUGUAGUUAAAAUAAAAAAAGCAGGAAUCUGGU